AAAAAGCAUUUUCUAUAGAGCGUAUUCAACUGAGAUAAGCAUGACAGUUUGUACCGUAUGUGUGUGUGAUUGUUGCGUAACGUUCUCAGGUCAACUACUCGCGUGUAAACAAAAUUACGUGUCAACUAUUUCUCCUUCGUAAUGACAAUUAUUUAAGUAUGUUGUUUGUUCUGAAGUGAAACUUCGUUGGCUGCGAUGCGAGUGAAGUUUAAAGUGGACGAACAAAAUGGAUCGGUCGAUCCUGAAGCGGGCGGGUCACAUUCAGAUAUGCUAGACAACAAAAACGGCCACUCGAAGAUCUUGAAGCGGUUGGAGACAGUUCCAGAUAUCAAGAGAGACACGUCAGGAAUUACUACACAAUACAUUGCGACCGGCAUAGUCAACCUCGGAGCGUUUGCUGCUGGUGUCUGCGUCGCUUGGUCGUCAUCCGCACUGCCACUGUUUACAUCUGGACAAGUUGAGCUGCCGUCGAGAUCCGAGGGCUUUUCAACCAAUGGCACACAUCCAAAACUCGUGCUUACAGAAUCUGAAGCAUCUUGGGUGGCGUCCCUGCUAUGUCUUGGUGCGCUGUGGGGUGCUGUACCUGCAGGGCUCAUCUCUGAACAUUUCGGCAGGAAGAAGACAUUGCUUUACCUCGCUCUUCCUUUAGUUGUGUCUUGGAUCUUAGUCGCUUCUAGUCCUAAUGUCUACGGUCUUUACGUCGGUCGGUUUGUUGGUGGGAUGGCAGUGGGAGCAUUCAGUGUUGGGAUCCCUCCGUACGUCGAAGAUAUCGCUGAGAAGCAUAUUCUGCCAGCACUAGUAAAUUUCUACCACGUCCACUUCUCCUGUGGUGUUCUUUUUGGAUAUAUUAUCGGUAUGGUUCAAAGCACGUCUUGGCUAUCAGUGCUAUGUGCAAGUAUACCAGUUGCCUUUUUCAUAGCGUUUAUAUUUCUGCCUGAAUCGCCUGCCUAUCUCAUGUCACAAGGAAAACAGAGCGAAGCAAAAGCAGCUUUUAAAUAUUUUCGAGGAAUAGACAAUGAUGUUGAUGCAGAAAUAAAAGUUUUGAAAGAACAAAUACGAAGUUACGCCAAGAACAGAAUAACAUUUAAAGAGCUUUUCAGCUCACGAGCAACAGUUAAAGCUCUGUUCGUAUCUUUUGGAUUAAUGAUUUUUCAACAGAUGAGCGGAAUAUAUCCAGUUCUUUUCUAUGCAGAGAACAUUUUUAAGACGUUUGCUAUUUCUUUGAAUCCACCUGGAGCUGCUAUCAUUAUGGGUUUCUGUUUGGUGUCUUCUACAUACUUUUCAACUUUGUUCUUGAAAAAAGUGAGAAGACGUGUUUUACUUUUAAUAUCCUUUGCAGCAAUGGCCGUUAGUCUGGGAAGCUUGGCAAUUUAUUAUCACCUGAAAGCAUCGAAUUUAUCUGAAAACAAUACUUGGGUACCGCUUUUUACACUUUGCAUAUUUGUAUCCGUGUACGCUGCUGGUGUAGGACCUAUACCUUGGCUGAUGCUAAGAGAAAUAUUUCCACCAAACGUAAGAAGACGUGCAACAGCAAUAACUGCUGGAUUUCAUUGGUUUUUGGCUUUUGGUGUGACGAAACUAUAUCAGAAUUUAGUGGAUAUGGUUAGGCCAGGAUGGACGCUAUGUCACUUUGCUGUGACAUGCGUCAUAGGAAUUAUGUUUGUCUAUUUCUUCGUCCCUGAAACAAAGGGUAGAACAUUGGAAGAGAUACAAAACGAAUUUAAUGGAAUACAUAAGAGAAGAAAACAUACACAUGUUAUUGAAGUAGAAACAGCUUAAGGGCCUUACAUUUAGUUAAUAACUAUUUGACUAUACUUUAUUUAUUUAAAUAUAGUAUCAGUAUUUAAAUCAAAAUGGUGUAAAUUUAUCGUAUCGUAAUUUACAUGUAGUGUUUUUUUUUCUCGGUUGCAUUUCAUUUUUAAACUGAUCAACAUAUUUUCUUCUUAUUAAUUUAGGGGUUGCAGUGAUUUUAAAUAGAAAUGUGCUUGUAUUUAUUUAUAAUAUUAAUUUUAAUUAAAAUAAUUUAAUAUUU